AUGCAGUUACCGGGGUCCCGGCCGGCGUCCCGGCCCCAGGCGUCCUGGAGGUCCCCCGCGAGCAGGAGCCCCCAAGAGCGCAGGGCCGAGUCGGGCCGGGCCAGCUGGUCCCGACAGCGCUCGUCCGAGACGGGGACGCAGAGCCUGCGGGACGGCUUCGACGAGAGCGAGUCCAGCCGGCUGUCCAGCACGCACCCCUCCUUUACCAUCUACCGACCCGACACGCCCUUCGAGUCGCCGGGGCCCGACGAGCCCGGCCCCGAGCCCACCGCCCGCAGGACCCCCGCCAGUCGCCGGGGCCCGCGCACCCCCCAGGACGAGCUGUUCGCCCAGCCCACUAUUUUGAUCGCCCCAUCGCUGACGACCCGGCAGUCGCCGCGGCGACCCUCGGUUUCUCCCCGCUGGGAUGUUGGUCACUCUGAGUUCCCAAGAAAAAGGCAUUCUUUUUCUAGGAAGAGACUACAUGAUCUUUCUAGACCUAAGAAACAAUGGGGAACCCCAGAUAGAAGACUGCUUUGGGGUAAUCAAGAUUCCAUUUACCCUGUUUCCCCAUUUGCUUUGAAGAGUCAUUUGACCAGAAGACUCGAGAGCCUUGCCGAGCCCAAGGAGGUCUCCUACAGAUAUGUACCUGACAGAAUUCAGUAUAACUUCAGCUGUGGUAGAGAUUCUGUCAUCUGGGAAAUUCCUUCUCCUGCACUGUUUGCUCAUCCAUCCAAAAGGAUCCAGAAGCUCGCACAGCCCAACAAAAUCAAGAAAAAUGUACAACAAGAGAGACCUAUGAGUGAUCAAGUAACAAAAAGAUCCUUUCGAAUGUCUGACCCUUCUCCUCGACUAUUAAGACUUUCAAUAGCCAAAGAGAUAGAUCCAAACUACGUACCUCCAAGAAAAAUUGAUGCCCGUAUUUCUACUUCUACCCUGAGAGCAAUUGCCACUCCAAGAAUUAUAGACCUUGCCCAUCCCAGGCUGAAGAUAGAGGGUUUGUGCUUUGAAAGAUCAAAACUCGAGUUGCCCGUUCGUCCGAUAUCCCAGGCAGCUUUGCAAGCCAUACCUAGCCCCCGCAUACAAUCUCUAGCAAAAGCUAGGCCUCUUCAUGAAGAAUUUAUGCCUCCUCGUGAUGUCUACUGGCCAGUCUCUUAUGCUGCUACUCAUUCCAAAAUAUCUCCCAGGAUUCAGGAACUAGCUCAUCCAAGUGCAAAGUCUCCUAUGCAUAUCGUUUAUUAUGAUCCUGAAGUCUUUAAAGUCAAGCCAACUGCUUUGAAAGCACACUGUACUCACCGGAUUGAAGAAUUGGCCAUACCUAUUACACGGCCAUAA